CACUUUCGCUCUUUGUCUUUGCGCUGGUCACGUGAUCACCCUGUCUGGAGUCGGCGUCUGUCGUGCGAUCUUUUUGCGUGUCUGAAUUCGCUCGAAGAUGAACAGAAUAGUCUUGAUGUUCAUAUUUCUUACUCUUGUGACUGUCUUGGGUAUUGCUGAAAGCAAGCGGGAAUUGGUGUGUAGAUGUGACACCUUACGCUGUGAGAGUAUGAACUACACAUGCAUCACUGAUGGAGCCUGUGUGGUAUAUAUUGAUCGAUAUGGUACUGGUGAGAUUCAAGUCAGGGGUUGCACCACUGAGGACCCUGCACCUAGAAUGAUUUGUGAUAGCCAUGAUGGAAAGCCUGAUGACAGGCGUGACUCCUAUGACUACCAUGCACACUGUUGUUACAAGAACAUGUGCAAUGAUGUAACCAAAAUAAAUCUCACUUUACCAACUGUGAAUCCAUCUACAUCUGGGACAGACAAAGAUUCUAAUGAUCAAGGUGGUGGCGAACUGAGCACAAUAGGUGUAGCAGCAGCUAUUGCUGGUCCAAUGUGUUUUAUUUGUGGCCUGAUCAUGUUGUUCAUUUGUUGGCACCAAAAGAGACAACUAAAAAAACAAGAGCAUUUUAAUGAGGCUGAAGCAGCACUGAAACCAUUGGAAGUGGAUGAAGCAGUAAUCCCAUCUGGACAAACCCUGAAGGAGUUAAUGGAUAUGUCAACGGGGAGUGGCUCUGGACUACCUUUGCUGGUCCAGCGUACUAUUGCAAGACAAAUUCAUUUGGUAGGGCUUAUUGGUAAAGGCCGUUUUGGGGAAGUUUACAAAGGGGUAUGGAGAGGACAGAGUGUUGCAGUAAAGAUCUUUUCAUCCCGUGAUGAGUGUUCAUGGUUUCGUGAAGCAGAGAUUUAUCAGACAACCAUGUUACGUCAUGAAAAUCUUUUAGGGUUUGUUGCAGCAGACAAUAAAGAUAAUGGUGCUUGGACACAGCUGUGGUUGGUAACAGAUUACUUGGAAAAGGGAUCUUUGUAUGAUUACCUUCAGCUUGUUACCCUGGAUGUUCAUUCCAUGCUUAAGUUGGCUGUGUCAAUUGCUAGUGGACUUGCUCACCUACACAUUGAGAUUGUUGGCACACAGGGCAAACCUGCAAUUGCACAUCGUGACUUAAAAAGCAAAAAUAUUCUGGUUAAAAGAAAUGGAACAUGUUGCAUAGGUGAUUUGGGUCUUGCUGUUCGCCAUAAUUCUGUGAGUGACACGGUUGAUGUUCCCCAUGGCAACAGAGUUGGUACCAAGCGUUACAUGCCCCCUGAGUUUCUUGAAGACAAUGUGCAUGUGCGCCAUUUUGAUGCAUACAAGCGGGGUGACGUCUAUGCUUUUGGACUUGUGUUAUGGGAGGUAGCAAGAAAAUGUGUGUCAGGAGGAAUAUGCGAGGAGUAUCAGUUGCCCUACUAUGAUCGAGUGCCCUGUGACCCUAGCAUUGAAGAGAUGAGGAAAGUGGUGUGUGUCGAAAAGUACCGACCUUCCAUUCCCAACAGAUGGGUACAAGCUGAGGCUUUGCAGUCUGUGUCCAAAAUAAUGAAAGAAUGCUGGUAUGCCAACAGUGCUGCAAGGCUUACAGCUUUGCGUGUUAAGAAGACUCUGACAGCAAUCUGUCAGUUACAUGAUGUGGAUAUCAUGGUGUAGACGGGUGUUCCAUUGUCCAGGAUUGGCCAUCAGUUAAGCAAAAUACAGGAAUGGUGUGCUUCUGGCCAGUUUUGCAGGUAGUGCAUGGUAGACAACAGAACGUUCACGAAAGGGCUCUACCAUAUCAUCCACACAGGCGCCAAUGCUGUUCUUGAAAUAAAUAGUUACUGAAGAAGAAUAACCAUGAUAAAAAGAACUGUACAUUCCUUCUGCCUUCACUUAGCACACUGCAAAAGUUUUUUGACACUUGCUAGCAUUCUCUAUUUUCCAAUUGCCCAUAAUCCACUCUGUUUGGCCCCCAAGUUUUGCAUAAACUAUUGUUGUGAUAUGCUCUUGGGAGGUCUGCAUAUUCCCAAGAGCAUUUCACAACAAAUGCAGAGUGAAUUAUGGGCAAUUGGAAAAUACAGAAUGCAAGAACCGCUCUCAGUUAUACUUUGUUACUCGUGUAAAGGACUAAGAGCUGAUUAUUUACAUACAAUCUCAACAGAGUUGAACAAAGCCAGACGGGUUUUACUGUGACGCUUAUUACACUUCUGGUAAAUGCAGUAAUAGACUUUUUUAGCUUAUGCAGUUUGUUGCCACACUUUAGACCAUGUGAUGAUUCUCUUGAGAAUGUUUGCUUUCAAACUUUCAAAUAGCCUCGUGCAUGUGAAUGAGUAACUUUUAGACGGAUAAAAGUACAAUACUCCAGAGAAUACCACAUGGUUUGUAAUAGGAAAAUAAAAGGUCUUUUGGCUUAUCCAGUAAUAUUUUUGUGCUGGCAAACAGGUGCAAGUUAAGUUUUUAGACUUAAACCAUGGAUGAAAUGGUUGCGUGCAUAGCCAAAAUCGUCCAUUGAUUUGACAUCACUAAGUAUGGGUUGUUGACCA